AUGGCGGCGAAAGGGGCCGCGCUGCUGCUGCUGCUGCUCGGGGCGGCAGCGGCGCCGGGCCCGGUGCGGGGCUCGCAGGGGGAUCGGGAGCCAGUGUAUCGGGACUGCCUGGCCCAGUGCGAGCGGCGCAACUGCUCGGGGGCCGGCCUGCGGCACUUCCGCUCCCGGCAGCCGCUCUACAUGAGCCUGACAGGCUGGACCUGCAGAGAUGACUGUAAAUAUGAGUGCAUGUGGCUUACAGUGGGGCUUUAUGUCCAGGAAGGUUACAGAGUGCCUCAGUUCCAUGGCAAGUGGCCCUUUUCCCGCUUCCUGUUCUUCCAGGAACCUGCAUCUGCCUUUGCUUCUUUCCUUAACGGACUUGCCAACUUUGUGAUGUUGACUAGAUACAAAGCAUCCGUCCCGCCUUCAUCUCCCAUGUACCACACCUGUAUCGCCUUUGCCUGGGUUUCAUUAAAUGCCUGGUUCUGGUCUACACUCUUCCAUACAAGGGAGACUGAUGUAACCGAGAAAAUGGAUUACUUCUGCGCUUCCACCGUCAUCCUGCACUCCAUCUACCUGUGCUGUGUCAGGACCCUGGGUCUGAAACGUCCAGCCUUUGCUAAUGCCUUUGGGGGUUUUCUGAUCCUCUUCCUGGCCUGCCAUGUCUCGUACCUGACGCUCGUGCGCUUUGAUUAUGGCUACAACAUGGCCGCAAACGUGGCGAUCGGCCUUCUCAACCUCUUCUGGUGGCUGGGCUGGUGCGUCAGGAACCAGCAGCGCCUCCCGUACGUGCGGAAGUGCGUGGUGGUGGUGCUGCUCCUUCAGGGCUUGGCGCUGCUCGAGCUCCUCGACUUCCCGCCCCUCUUCUGGAUCUUCGACGCACACGCCAUCUGGCACAUCAGCACCAUUCCUGUCAACGUCCUCUUCUACAGUUUCCUCCGUGACGACAGCCUGCACCUCUUGAAGGCGAACUCGGACGUUCUGAAAAUAGACUAAAGCUGUCGGGGAGGGGGCCUGCCGUGCCGAGAGGAGCUGUCCCCUCCCUGAUGGAAACUGUCACGUGAGACCUUCUGAGCGCCUUUCGCAGCAGCAUGCCGGGUCUCAGGCCAGCCGCUCUCGAGAAGCGGUGCUGUUGUGCACUUUCAUGGAGUCCCUGUCCAGAACCUGUGGCCAUGCUGAGACCUGCUCUCUGCCGCCUUUGACUCCUGGGUGCACCAGAAUCCUGGGUAAACGUCACCCUCCACCAGAGCUUAGUUUUGUUUCCUCUUUUUUUUGCCUUCAGAAGUUUUAAUUCUAAUCCCAUGACUCGUUCCAUUAGAACAUCAACGAUCCAUCUCGCCCACACGCUCCCCCCCACACACUGUAAUUAAUGCUCUUCUGUGCUACCGGGCAGCAUGGUGCGUUUCCGUUUCCACUGUUAUGAAAUCUGUUUGAUUCUCAGCUUGCUGAGGGAUUUCAGGCGAAGUGGGAAAUGUUGGUGAACCAACUGGUGACUCGGUAGACUUGGAAGAUGUCACGAGCACGUUGUGGGGACAUCUGGUCAUAAAGCCGUGUGGCCCACAGGACCUCAGACUCUGCAGUCAGCCGCUGCAGAAAUGGGUUGUUGUAAAUCUGUGUAAAUACAACGUACGCUGCUCUGUACCUUGGAUUCACUCGUCCUCUGAGAAUAGAGCCUGUGGCUCUGCGCCGCAAAACCUUCUUCAGUAGUUGUGGGGAGGUGGAUCUCCCAGUUACUGGACACUUGGGGGGAAUGUGGAAGCUCUUUGCUGUGCAGAGAUGAUGAUGUUUUUGAAAUGGGAUUCUCGGUGCAGUGUGAAAUGCCAGGCUGACUCGGGCAGUUCAACUCCUAUUUUUCCGCUCCUUGACAAACCUGCUCUGAUGAAUCCUGUGUGCCCUAUAGGGGAAAAUGCCCCUUUCUUGCAAGGGGAGGGGGUGCUAAGGUCCCCCAAAGAUUCCCUAGUCCCUGCAUGCCACUUUGUCACCCACAUGUUGUGGCUAGUCCACCAUCCUUUCUGGCUGCUAAGUGCUGAGAAGGGGCUCCCUGCAGCGCUGAGAUGAGGGCUAGAGGAGGGGGGUGACCCCCCCCCCAUUAUUCCAGUUGCUGAGGGGAGCAGAUGAAAAACAGAACAGGACCAUUCUGUGCAUAAUGACAUUCCUGGCUUCCCCUUUGCAAUUGCAUUAGUCAGGGGCCUGCUGUAUGUUACAGGAUUAAGGCCUUACUGAGUAAAGUGAAAGGCUGAGUGCUCUGGGCUCCGCUGGCAAAAGCAGAGAGACCAGGAAUGCGGCAGGAAGCCGAAGGGCUCAGCAAGUGCCUUCCUGAUGGCCAAAGGGAGUUAAUGAAGUAGAUGUUAGCUCGUCGCAGGUGUUAUGACUAUUGCUGUGUUGCUGUGCCACCACUGGGUGGCGAGCGUUGCCAAUCCAUUGACAUUUCAAACUCCAUCUCUCCCUGUCUGAGGUUUACAGCCGGGCUGGUUCGGUUCUCCUGAAAGCUCUCUGGCACCCGUGUGCCCUGUGCCACCCGACAGGCUGGGGAGCCCGUCGGUCUGGGCAUCAUCCAUUGGCUUGGGCGUCCUCCAGCGAAUUCAUGCCUUGUGUCUGAAAGGGCCCAGCCUGUGUGUGACCCCGUUAGGACCAUUCGUGGUUCUGUUAAAGGCUUGGAGUUGUUAGCUCAGCCGUCUACUCUGCAUGGGGCUGCAGUGUUUGAUUGGGGGAGUGAGUGUGUGUGUGGCUUGUUUUCAAAACUAGAUUGACUUCCAUUGUUAA